AUGGCUGGUUGCAUAACAAAUUGCGGGAUGCGAGGCGAAGUGCGGUCUUGCGUACUGCUGAAGUCGCAAGUCGCAAGUUGCAAGUCGCAAGUCGCAAGUUGCAAGUCGCAAGUCGCAAGGAACACGCAUAAUUUCUAUUACAAUAUUCUAUAUACGCGAAUACGUACGUGUGCAUACUCAGUUUGUAGAGCGGAUCUCACAAUGGGAGAAGUAUUGAACCGUUACUACUACAGCAAACAAGUGCGCGAACGUGUUUGCCACCUCUAUUUCGACGAGGGUUACACGCAAGCGCAAAUAGCUGAGGCUUUCGGGCACAGACCUUGCGAGAGGACUGUGCAUGCUAUCAUACAGUCCUACGUGGCGAAUGGUGAUGUCCUGCCGCUUAGAGGACAAUCAGGAACACGCAAACCACGCAAGUUUGAUGAGAUCGCUGCACAGACGCUGGUGGAGCUGGUGCAGGCCGACGACCAAGCAUCGCUCUCCGAUCUGGCCACCGCUAUGACAAACUUACUGGGCACUCUUUGGAGCGGCCCUGAUAUUAGCCGUGCAUUGUCUGAGCUGGGUGUUUCAUGUUUGUGGAAGAGGUCCAGUCGUGAACAUGCUUGCGUACAGAUGCAUAUGGUGCUCGCCUCGAGAUCUCUUGCGCAAGCCGGCAGCAUGGCGCGUCCAGCAUUGCUAUUUCCCGCUGCCGCCGCGCCGGCCAUUGAGGUUACUGCACCUCCCAGUCCCAAAGCCGUCGCUGCCGCUGCUACUCCGUUGCUAGGUCCCGCAGGCGCCGCACCUGCCGCUGAGGCUUCUGCACCUCCCAGCCCCACCGUCGUUGCUGCCGCUGUGACGUUGCUAGGCCCUUCCGCCACCGCGCCUGCCGUUGAGGCUCCUGCACCUCCCAGCCCCACCACCGUCGCUGCCGCUGCUGCUGCGUUGCUAGGCCUCGCCGCCGCCGCGCCUGCCGAUGAGGCUACUGGACAUCCUACAUGUUUUAGCUAG